CUCGAAUGGGACGGUCUUGUUUUGUUACAACAAUGUUGCGUGUUAUAACAAUAUUCUUUAUAUCUUACAUAGUCGGUGGUGCUUUAGUGAAAAAGGCAGAUUUCAAGUUGGAUAUAAUACAUUACAAUGAUUUCCAUGCGAGGUACGAAGAAACAUCCGUGGAUACGCCGACAUGUCACUUCAACAACGGAUCUUGCUUAGGCGGUUUCCCGCGUCUAUACAGCGAGAUAAUGCAACUGAGGAGAGAGAAGCCUAAUUCCUUGCUACUAAAUGCCGGAGAUAGCUUUCAGGGUACCUACUGGUAUACAUUGCUCAAAUGGAACAUCACUCAGGAGUUCAUGAAUUUGUUGCCACAUGAUGCACAUGCAAUAGGUAAUCACGAGUUUGACGAUGGUCCGGAAGGCCUCGCACCGUACCUCAGAGCGCUUAAGGCACCAGUCCUCGCCGCGAACAUGGACGUCAGCCAAGAGCCCUUGCUACAAGAUUUGUUCACACCGCACAUUAUUGUCAAACGUGGUGGUAGGAAGAUUGGUAUUAUCGGCUUAAUUACUACUGAUACUAAGAAAUUGUCAUCUCCUGGUAACGUUGUAUUCACGGAUCCAUUAGAGGCGACAGAUCGCGAAGCAAAGUUGUUAGCCGAAAAGGGCGUCGACAUAAUUAUUGUACUCUCUCAUUGUGGACUUGAAAUUGAUAAACAAAUCGCUCGUGAACAUGGCAAGCACGUAGAUAUAAUAGUGGGUGGUCACUCACACUCCUUACUGUGGAAUGGCCCCGCACCCAGCGGUGAAAAAGUUGAAGGAUCAUACCCCGUUUUCAUAGAAACUAGUAAGGAAAAGAAACACCAAGUUCUGAUAGUGCAAGCGUCAGCAUUUACGAAGUAUAUGGGCAAUCUGACAGUUUAUUUCGAUUAUCUAGGCCGAUACGUCAAGUGGGAAGGCGGGCCAAUAUUCCUUGACCGUUCUGUACCUGAAGAUGAAAAGAUAAAGAAGAAGUUGGAACCUUAUGCGAAACUCGUUCAUGAAGCAGAGAAUGUUCCCGUGGGAGAGACGGUGAGGACGUUGAGUGCUGACGAUUGCGUGUCCGGGGAAUGUACCCUCGGUGAUCUACUGGUCGACGCAAUGACUGAUUAUGCAAGAGCAAAUGUAAUAAGUGAUUACGAUCAUCUGGCGUUCAUUCAGCGCGGUAACAUCAAAGCAUCAAUAUUAAGUGGAAAUAUAACAAAGGGAACCAUCUUUGAUAUACUACCGUUCAAUGAUCGCGUUGUAACAUUCGAGCUGCAAGGAAGAUACGUGCGAGAGGCGCUGGAGCGAAGUGUUAGUGAGGCGUGGCACUUAACGCCGUUUAAAGGUCCAUGGUUACUGCAAGUAUCAGGUCUUAAUGUAACGUACAAUAUAUCGUUACCCGAAGGUCAUCGUAUUGUAUCAGUAAAUAUUGGCAAUUCUGGUGCCACAUUGGACGAUGAUAAAUAUUACCAAGUGACAGCGCCUACUUACUUAGCCGACGGUGGAGACGGUUUCACGAUGUUCAAAACCGGAAAGAAAAAUGUUAAAAUUAUUGGCCGAGACGAGAAAAUAUUAGAAAUUUAUAUUAAAAAAAAUUCUCCUAUCGAUGUAAGAACUGACGGACGAAUCGAGAUUCUUCAGUGAUAUACACUUAGUGUAUGUACAAA